UUAAGGGACGAGACAAAGGUGUAAAUAAAAACAGCCUUCCCCGCAUAGACGAGGCGUUCUUUACCAGAGUUUUUAGAUCAAUCAAGCAGACAGUGGCUUCUUUUGAUUAAACCCCAAAUUGUCAUUGGGCAGAAGUAAUCAUGUGACAGGCAGUUCGUUCCAAUUUCCACCUUGUCUCCAUGAAUUCAAUAGUUUAAUAGCAGCUCGUUCACCAUACGGCCGUAAUCAGUGAAUUUGAAAAAAGUAUAUAUUUCUCAUUGAGCCGCGACAAAUAAAAAUACACGCAGCAAACUUUCCCCGGCUCGCAGUGACCGGAGAUGAAUUACGAAUUCGAGCGAGAGAGCGGUUUUAUCAAUAGUCAGCCGUCGCUUGCUGAGUGCCUGACAUCUUUCCCCCCUGUCGGUGAUUCAUUUCAAAGUUCAUCAAUCAAGAGUUCGACGCUUUCACGCUCGACACUGAUUCCUCCUCCUUUUGAGCAGACCAUUCCCAGCCUCAACCCGGGAAGCCACCCGAGGCACAGCCGGCCCAGACUCAGUCCGGAUGGAUGCUGCCCGCUGCCCACCGCCUCCCUACCCCCGGAAUACCCCUGGAUGCGAGAGAAGAAAGCCUCCAAGAAGAAUCACCUGCCGACUUCCACGGCGACAGCCAUAACGACUGGACCUGUAUGCUUCUCCCCGAAAGGCUCCCCUGAGAUUCUAGAAAGUGGAGGAGGAGGGGGAGGGGGCUCCCGGCGCUUGAGGACUGCAUACACCAACACACAGCUCCUGGAACUGGAGAAGGAGUUCCACUUCAACAAGUAUCUGUGCCGACCGAGAAGGGUGGAGAUAGCCGCCCUGCUGGACCUCACCGAGCGGCAGGUCAAAGUGUGGUUCCAGAACCGCCGGAUGAAGCACAAGAGGCAGACCCAAUGCAAGGAGAACCACAAUGGCGAAGGGAAAGGACUGAGCGCCGGGGACGGAAUCCAGAGCAACGACGAGGAGGAUGAUGGCUCGCUGUUUGAGCAGAGCCUCAAUACAGUGACCGGGGCCCUUAUGGAAAGAGAGGCCUGCUCCUUUCAGCAUAACUCGCUGAGCUCUUCCCAGCAGCUCCAGAAUGUUGGUCCGCACAAUGGCGAGGCCCAAAGUUAUACAGUUUCGCCACUGAGCAGCAAUGACAAAAAUCUGAAACAUUUUCUCAACCCGUCACCCACUGUUCCAGGCUGCGUGCCAACAAUAGGCUCUGCAACUGGCCCGGACAAUGGCGGUAGUCCCGCGGCCCUGGACGUGUCAAUACACGACUUCCAAGUAUUCUCCUCGGAUUCUUGCCUUCACCUCUCCGAUGCCGCUUCGGCUAGUUUGUCAGAAUCCCUGGACAGCCCCGUGGACAAUCUGGACAUAUCUACGGACAGCUUCUACUUUUUCUCGGAGUCACUAACUACAAUCGACUUGCAACAUCUGAGCUAUUGAAAUCAAUCACAAAUAGAACAAGACUUUCAAACCGGAACAUUCAAAGAAUCCAAACUCUGGUUUAACUAUGAAUUUAAUUUUGGUGUUUUUUUAGGCCUCUAUGAUCGGCACAUUUUAUUUUUAUUGAUUAAUUGAUUAGUCGAUUAAUUCAAGGUAAGAGUCUGGACAAAUAUACAAUUGUGGCUUGUAAUUAAAAUAACAAAUUGAUUUCUUAAGAUCCAAUUUGUGUAAAGGUGCACAAUAAUAUGAAUUCUGGUAAUUUUAUUUUUGUAUAGCUUACAAUUCCAUUACGAUUUUUGUUAGAAAUAAAUCUGACUUACCAUAAGGAAAUUGCAAGAUUGUGUACAGUUAUUAUUAUCCAAACCGUUUUAUGAAGUGUAAAGUGUAAUUUCGAUCAAAUAUAUAUUUGUCCAAAAAAUAGAAAGGAGGAAUAACCAAUCGAUUACAUGUUAAUGAGUUAAUCCUGAAUACACAUUUACUAUCGUUAAUUUGCAAGUCAAAAUAGUCUGAUGAAAGCAGGCCAAUAUAGCCUGAUCUCUGAGUAUGAAUUCUAUAGUAAUUCUAAGAAAUGCCUGGUUUAUAUUAUAUUGUAAGCAUAACAUUUCCUGGGAUAAAAAAUAACAAACACAAAUCUUCAUCGAUGAGGUUUAAUAAUCUCAAUGCACCAAUUUAGAGCCAUUGAGAUUGUAUUCUGUCUAUGUUCAUUUCAAAUUAGCACCUUUAAAAUUAUUUUCACAGAUGUAAAUAGCGGUGGAAUUCGAGAAUUAAGUUUAUAUUAGUUCAAUUUUUGGGGGAAUAAAAACAUCAUCUUACAAUUUUGAAUCAGAAACUAUUUAGAAAACUUUUCUGGUCCAAUUUCAUGUAACUCAGAGGCGAUUAUACAACAGACUCCAUAAGCUUACCUACUACAGUAUAUUUUGAACAAAUGUCCUCUUUUACUUGCUCUGGUUGUAAAGUUAGUAGAAUUGUAAACAUGGUAGGCUAGCAAUAGCAUGGCUCCCUGUAGUGCGAGCUCCCAGUGCUGGGUGCAUGGGGAGGCAAAUGCUCCCGCCAUGUUUUCCGAGCUCAUAAAUCAAACCCCGUCAUUAAUAAGAAUGGCAUCAAAGAGACCAAUUGUGAUGUAUAACGCACAAAUAAAAUGUUUUUGGAUGGGAUUCGCAAUUCGAAGCCAAAAACGCGGAAGCUUUGUAGGCUUUUGGUAAUAAUUCAUUUUUAUAGCUGUUCAAAUACAGCGCGCGGGCUCUCCAAGCGUGCAGGGAAGCGGGCAGCAGAAUCAUGUCACCCCUCGUGCUAUUAGUAGUCUAUUUCAAAACAGGCUGCUGCAGGCCUAUACAUUAGUAUUCAUUUGAAACGUUUUAUAUUUUCUAAAAAUAGUAGCUCUAAUGCAUUUAAUGAUUGGGGAACAGUGUAGGCCUAUGCCAAGAAAUACAUUUGGUUAAAUUGGGAUUUUCAUAAGAAUAAUCUAUUAGGGCAAAAUGGCUUUCGGCUAUAAAUGUGUUUUGUUCUUGCAGAAAUAUAUUUAUCCACAGUCCUGGAGAAAUGUGUGUAUUGACCAUUUCACUGUGCAAGUUGUAUGAAAUUUGAGUAGAAUGAUUACAUUCCUACACCACUCAAAAUGCUUAUGCUUGUGGGCAUACUAACCACCGGUUGCUACAUAGCAUGGAUCGAUCAUAAAACGUAUCAUUGCAAAGUUAAGUGCAUAGCCUUAUUACAUUUAACUGGAGUGACAUUUAGCCAAUAUUUAACUUCCUAAAAACAAACUGGCAGUGGGCGUGUAUAGGCUAUGCACAUAUGCGAAGAGGAAAGCUGCUAUAUAAACCUAGGCUAUACAACUCUGAUCCAACGCGGGCUUUCCUUUCCAAAGGCUGGUAACGAAAUCAUUCCGAAACAAUGCGCCUUUUCUCUCCCCAUUCCAUGUUCGCACAAAGCGUAUUCUGGAACGUUCAAUGCUGCGCCCACGCACUACUAGGGGCUAGGCUGUGUGCACCGUUGUAGAGAGAGAGAUGAUGAAGGGAGAAAAUGGAAGAGUAAGGAAGGAGUGUGAUACUUUCUUGCAUUUCUUAGAAUUAAGAGUCUUGUAGUGUCAGUCCUUAUUUAUGCUAAAUGUAAGAUAGGCCCUAUCAGCGUUCAUACGGGUUGUGCUCUAGAAGCUCAAUGUGAGCUAAUCUACUACCGCGGGGGAAAUACUGCUGAGAAGGAAAAGAGGCUGUUGUAAGAAUGACCGACACUAGGCCAUACAGUCCUCUCAUCAUCCAGUAGGGGCGCAAACCCCUCUCCCCCUCUUCUCACUCUACCCUCGUCCUCUCUCUGUCUAUGUUAAAGUGUGAGUGUGAUAUGUGCCCUUCUGAUAUGUGUCUAUCUGUGUGCGAUAACAAUGAUCAUACAGUUCAGCUUGCAACUGAUUUUGAAACAUCAUGUCACAUGUCUUUGUGACGUUAUAUAAAAACAUAGUUUGUGACUAUGAUGGAGCCUCUAUGACUUGGGUUUUGUGUGUGUGUGUGUGUGUGUGUGUGUGUGUGUGUGUGUGUGUGUGUGUGUGUGUGUGUGUGUGUGUGUGUGUGUGUGUGUGUGUGUGUGUGUGUGUGUGUGUGUGUGUGUGUGUGCGUGCGUGCGUGCGUGCGUGCGUGCGUGCGUGCGUGUGUGUGUGUGUGUGUGAGAUAGAGAGAGAGAGAUAUGCUAUGUGCCCACUGCCCACAAAAUUAGGUGGAAACUGAGCUGCACAUCCUAACCUCGUGUCAAAUGUAUGACCAUAAUUCCCUCAGAUUACACAGACCCACAAAGAAUUUGAAAACAAAUCUAAUUUGGAUAAACUCCCAUAUAUACUAGGUAAAAUAACAGUGUGUCAUCACAGCAGAAAUAUGUGUGACCUGUUGCCACAAGCAAAGAGCAACCAUUGAAGAACAAACCCCUACUUGAAUAACUAUUUGUACAUUGUUACAACACUGUCCAUAGCCAGUAAUAUAACCUUUGACAUGUCUCUAUUCUUUUGAAUCUUUUGUGAGUGUAAUGUUUACUAUUCAUUUCUGAUGGUUUAUUUCACUUCUGUUUGUCAUCUAUU